GCGCGGGCGCGCCGAGCCCAGCUAGCCGAGCCCAUCGCGCCGAGCCGCGCAUGGGGCGCGCAGCCUCCGCGGGCGCGCAGCUGCCCCGCCGGUGCUGAGCGGAGGGAAGGAGGCAGGGUCCGGGGCCGCAGAGCGCCGACCUCCUCCCGCCGCGCCUUGCGGCCCCUGGGCGAUGCCCGCCGCGGCCCCGCCGCCUGCCCCGCCGCUGAGCGCUGCCGCGGGCGCGGGGCGGCGCGCCCGGAUGGAGAGCUGAGGCGGUGAGCCCCGCCGGGCCGGCCGGGAGACGUGACGAUGUGGAUGCGACGGCUCUCGGGAAGCAGGUCAGGUUGCCCGCUCGGAAGCCAUGCUUGGAUUUUAAUAGCCAUGUUCCACCUAGCCAUGGACCUCACCAGCUGCCAGCCCCCAGCCAGCGGUGCCGGCGGGAGGCUCUCACCGCGGCCGGCGCUCCGGCACAGACUGUCCCGUGGCUCACUGUGGGACACGGGGAGCACAGAGGAGCUGCGGCACCCCGGACUCCCCUGGACCUGCGCGCCCCCGACCCCCCCGCAGAGACCCCGCUCCCGCCGGCCGCCCCCCGCCACCCCGCUGCCCCCCGGCCACCACCCGCACCGGCCACGCUCCCGGAGGGGCCGGCGGCAACUGCGCGGCCGCGGCUUCGCCCCACGGGACGGGCGACCCACGGUGCUGCCCGAGGUCAUUGUGUGGGGCCCCACGGGCGAGGAGGACUCCCUGGAGAGCAGCACGCUGCCCGGCGCCUUCGCCACCGCUGCCGCCGCCACUACCACCACCGCUGCCGCCACCACUGCCACCACCACCACCGCUGCUGCCACCGCCGCCACGCCGCCCCACGUGCCCCCCAGCACCCCGGCUCCUGCGCCCGGUGGGGACGUGCCCCGCAGCAGCCCCGGCCGCACCAGCACCGCCGAGCCGGCCGCCGGCCACAGCAGCGGUGGCAAGGAUGCUCGCCCACCCCGCGGGCUGGGAGACAGCACAGGUCUGGCGGUUCAUCAGAUAAUCACUAUUACUGUGUCCCUCAUCAUGGUCAUAGCCGCUCUGAUAACAACUCUUGUCUUAAAAAAUUGCUGCGCGCAGAGCGGGCGCCCGCGGCGCAACAGCCACCAGCGCAAGCUGGACCAGCAGGAGGAGAGCUGCCAGAACCUGACCGACUUCGCGCCCGCGCGCGUGCCCAGCGCCCUCGACAUCUUCACCGCCUACAACGAGACGCUGCAGUGCUCCCAUGAGUGCGUCCGCACCCCCGUGCCCGUCUACGCGGAGGAGGCGCUGCGCUCGCCCGGGGACUAUAAAACAACCUUCAAUGGAAACAGACCCUCUUCUUCUGACCGGCAUCUUAUUCCCGUGGCCUUUGUGUCUGAGAAAUGGUUUGAGAUCUCCUGCUGACUGGCCGAAGCCUGUUUGACUUCUGGGGCAGGGCAGACGCCAUCGGGCUGUUUCCUGGAUUCCAUUGGCGAACCUGUAAAAAAUAUACAAAAAUAAUGGGUUACCUGUACCUACCAUUUCUGUUUACCAGUAGGAGACUCAAAGAGCAGCGUUCUAUGGGCCAAAUCUAUUUUUAUAAAAAUGAACACGCCUGUAGGGAACUGCGAUGGACAAAGAGCACGUUUGGUGGGGAAGAGGAAGGGAAAUGUGUGAGCAAAGGAUCCCGUGAGGAAGAGGAGCCGGCGGGGGACUGAGAGAAGGGCCGAGCGCCCGGAGCCUGGACGUGGACGUGACUCUGAACCUGUGCCAAUAAUACCAUUAUGUGCCAUGUACCGAUGCAAAGACUUGGCGAGAAGCCGAAGCCGAGUCGAUAACGCCUGGAAACAUUGUGGAGGACGAGUGGGGCGUCUCUUCUGGUGGGGUCAUCCAUUCCGGUCCAUCCACGUACAUACAUACGAUACGUGUAGAGAGAAAAUAUAUAUAUAUAUACACACACAACCACUUUUUGUACUGUAGCAAUUUUUGAAGAUCUUAAAUACUCAUUUUUAAAGAAGAUGUCAUGGGCUAAAAGUCUCAUUUCUUUAACACGCAUAAUACAAACCAGGUGAGCCGAUGUUUUCUACUUUGGCAGCUUGCCUUUUGAACCUAUAUGUGUAUAUAUAGGUGGACAUAUAUACAUAUAUAUACGUGUGUGUGUGUAUGUAUAGACAUAUAUAUGUAUGUAUACAUAUAUAUAUAUAUAGAGUUUUGGUUCCUUUUGGAAAUGCUUUUCCAGCGGUUGGGACGUGACCACGGCGGGGGACAGCCGGGGCUGCAGUGCCUGGUGGUUGCUCCAGCCCCGGGAGGGAUGGUGGGAUGUGCCGGAGCCUGGUCUGGAACGACAGGAGGAUGGGGACGGGCUGGGAUUCUAGCUAGAAGGAUGCGUCUGGGCCAAAUUCACAAAGUGCAUUCCUGCUGUGGGAGGCUGGAGGAAGCGGAACGCAGCAGAGGAGCUCCCCUUUCCCCAAUGUGGGAUGCUGCAGGCACGGGGCAGAUCCUGCUCCCGCUCCCUAUGGACCUUGUCUCUGAGGUGGUGUUCUCACACCAUUGUGUUCCCAGGAGCAGGGCGAGUGGGAAGCGAGCAGGGAGCAGCUUGGGGCGGUGGUGAAGGAUGUUUCCAGACUUCUGUAGCCCAAUACAUCAUUGGGGUAGAUGGGAAAAAGCCUCAAAGCCUGUGCGUGCCGUUGUUUUACAGAGCUAAGUGUGACGCCUUGGGGAUGGCUGGGAACAGGUUUUAGGUGUGGACUUUCGAAGGAUGGGCCUCUCUUGGCACAAGAGACAAAUUUCAGGAGUGGGAUGAGGGAGUUAUUUUGGAAAAUGGCUUCUAAAUUGGCCAUGACACCAAAGCUUGCUCAGCCCUUUGUGAGACACACGAGAGGAAUGAGCCCAUUGCCUCCUGACCCAUUCCAGGGCCAGAGAGCUCCGGGGAGCCUCUUCCUUGAGAAGGGAAUUUUGCCCACGGUUCCAGUGGCUCCGGUUUGGUGUGUUGCUCAUCCCAGUGCUCACAGGUGCCGGUGGGCUGCGGCACCGAGACAGCUCUUGGCUGGGGCUGGGCUGCUUCAGCGUUACCUGGGUGGGAACGACAGCAGAAUUCAGACCAAAGCCCUCCAGUUCUUUUUGUAAACUGCCCUUCAUCAGUACUAGCGCUUUUUGGAGUUGUUCAGAUACACGUUCCUACUCAUCCCUAGUUGUUCAGCUCCAGUCCCUUAUUAUAAUGGACAUGCUUUUAAAAAGACAGAAACUCCUGGUGUUGCACAUAGCCACGUGUGCAGUCUCUCAUUCCUGUAUUCUUUUCUGUCCUUUCCUGAUGGAAUUGCACACAAAGUCUGGAUUAUCUUUCCUGAGUUUUUGGGAGCUGCUCUAGGAAGAAGUCUUCCUUGCCAGACCUGAUGAUUACCUGUGGACUUGAACCAAGCAUCUCCAAAGGCACUGGCAACAUUCCCUGCAACUCCGAUGAGCCUCCAGCAUUGCCUUGGGUGUGCUCCACACCGGGGUCGCUGCCGACCGGCAGCCAGAGAGGAGGAGAGGGGUUCCUGUUGCUCCUGGCCAGGGUUUCAUCCGCGACCGAAGCUGUUCCUUCUGCAGAGGUGGUUUCUGCUGGGUGGGCAUAGGCAGCAUGUGCAUCCCUGGGGCUGGGUGUUGUUGUUGGGGGUAUUUAACAGGGCUGGGUCCUACUUCAGAGCAGAGAGCUGCUCUUUUUGUGUUUCGCAAAGCAAACCUUCCCGUGAUGGGGCUGGGUGCUGAGCAAAAGGGGUGUCUGCUGGGUGGCUCGUGUCUGUCUCUCUGGGACAUUGGGUUGAUGUUCCUCCCGGGUUGCCUUGGGGCAGGAGAUGGUAUUUUGCUAGAGGAGUGGCACCCCAAAGCUUUAACUUUCCUUGAUAUAUGCCAGGAGCGUUUUCCCCUGGGGUGACCCUGGGGUCUGCCCCGAAAUGGGGGGUCCUGGUGCUGCUGCUGGCAGUCUCACAUACGGAGUGGGGAGCUUUGGGCUGCAGUUAAUAGCACAGCGCUCCACAGCAGCUCAGGGGAGCGCCUGGUGCUGCUCGCCCAAGGGCUGCACAAGAGCAAAGCUUCAUUGCAGCGGGGUCAGCCAAAACCUGUGUGAGAAGUGACCACUCCAGAGUGAUCCAUCAUCUCAGUAUACCAGAGCUUUUGUGUUUUACUGAUGUGCCAGAGCAGCCCCUGCAAAUCUCCCUUGCUGGCACAGGGUUUGAGUUCUCCUGUGUUUAACUCCGCUGGCAUCAAUCCACUCCAGCUCGGGAGCUGUUGUGCUGCACCCAUUGAUCUUCCGAUUUAGCUGUGUGUGCUGGCUGCACCCAGGAGUUCUUGCGGGUGUCCCGGUGUAAUCUCCAUGGCAAUUUGACAUCAUAAAAUACAUCUCAGCUCCCUUGUUCCUGAGCAUUUAAAGGAUCAUUCUGCAUUUCUGCGUGUAUGGAACCACUGCCUGAAGGGGAGAUGUUGGGCAGAGCUGGGGGCAGCACGGGCAGUGAUGGUGGUGAUGGUGAUGGAGAUGUGCCCUGACCUGGCCUGGCACCCAGCUCCUGGGCAAGGAAGGGGAAUUGUGUGUGUGCGUGUAUCUGUGUGUGUGUCAGGGAGAAAGAAUGCAGGCAGAUAACUGACCCCAGACGAUGGGAGCAGGUUUUUGAGGGCAGGACUUGCACAAGCUUUCUACAUCGUCUGCAGAAGAACACGUCCUGGUCACCAAGAGGUGAGCGGUGAACCAGGGAACAAAAGUAGAUGCACAAUCUUCCCUUAUUUAUAAGGACCAACAGCACUUGCACUUUAUCAGAGAAACCCUCCCAUCCUAUGCAUGCAAGCACACCAACAAGGGAUGACUGCCAGGAGGAAGGGAAGGAGGAAGGGAAGGGCUGGAGCUGUAAAUGCUGUGAUUUACGAGGCAGGAUCCUUGCAGCCCAAGGUCUAUCAUAAGAAAGAGAAAUGAACAGCAGUUAUUUCAUUCCCUGCUGUUGAUGAAAGCCAAAAAAAGAGAAAUGAAAACAGAAAGUCGCAUUGUCAUGGCAUAGACCUAUUGAGCAGCUGGGUCUUGCUCCUGUGCGGGGGCAACAGACUUGUGUGUGUUUGGAGAAUUAAGAAUUAGGGAUUUUAGGGAUUUUUCUGCUCUUGUUCAGAAGCUGAGCCCAUUUUCCAGCCCAAUAGCAUCUCUCAGGUAGCAGGGCAUGUUCCACCAUGAGACACUGCUCUGGGAGCUGGACCCUUUGCACCACCAUGGAUUGAGCGAGGGCUUGCAAGGGUUGAGGUGGUGGCAUGGCCCUUGUGAAGGUCCCUGGUGUGUGCGGGGGUCACCUUGCUGUGCUGGGGAGCUGCGGGCACAUGUGGUGGGACUCAAUGUAUGGGCAGUAAAUCCAGGGGAGCAGGCUGGACGUGGCAUAAGGCAAAACCAUGCUCCAGAAUGCCCUUCCCUUGGACAAACAGAGCUUUUUGUGUUAUGUUUCAUUGUGGUUCUGGCUCUUCCAUGGUUGAAGAAAACCAAGUUUUGCUCCUUGCUUUGCCGUAAACUCCCAGCUUGCUGCUUCUUGGUUCUUUUUGGUUCAUUUUAUGGAUUUCUUAUCCCAAGUAGUUCCUAAGAAAUGCAUCAAGGCUGCCAAAAGGCUGCCGCAUCCCCCAGCCAUGUAGUGCUGUGUCUGUGUGUUGUUUGUGGCUCUGUCUUAGAGGACGGUUUGGGACGAGCCCUUCUCACCACCAGCCUGUGCCAGGAGCCAUCUCUCCAAAGCUGAUUGCUUACCAUCACUCUGUCUUCCCAGCUAGAGAAAAGGGCGGCGGGGGGCCAGGUGGGAGGCGUGCAGGGUGGAUUUUGGGUUACCUCUUCUCCAUCGGCAGCUGGUUGAGAAGGAAGGUCGUUCAGCUAAAAUGGUAGUUAAAUAGUAGAUAUUCUACACAUAUUAUAUAUUUUGUAAAAAAAAAAAAAAAAAAGAAAAGAAAUAAACUAGAACAAAAAUAUAUAUCUCUAUACUAUCUCAGCCCACCCAUUUCAGGAGGUAUGUGGUUGGAAUUUUCCUUCAACCAGGUAUAAAAUCUGUAAGCGAUUUUUUCAAAACCAGCAAGAAAUCCCUCCCCAUUUCCAAGCCCCUGGGUUCGGUCUCCAGAUCCCAUGUAACGCUUCUCACGCAUUUUUAAGAUGACUUCUCAGCGUUUGUAGGUACAUUUUUAACAGUGUCAUGAGUGGAGAUAAUAUUUACUUUGAGAAAAAGUAUACGUUGCACAAAAGAUGUACACUAAGGGCACAGAUUUCUGACCCAGAUUCUUCUAUUUUAGGUUCCGAGGGGUUUAUUUUUUUCCGUUUGAUAGGACAUGUACAGUUGGAGUUUACACUUUAUUUUUAUUUUGCCAAAAACCCGUUUUCUAACAUGAGACAGCUUUUCCUUUGUAACCGGUUUUACAUCACUGAGUACUUCUUUCUUUUUCCUGGGAAAAUCCCGCGCCGCGGGACAUCCGGCAUGCUGCUGCGCAGGAUGCUGCGGGGCCAGGACUCCUCUUCCCGAGUGGUUUUUAAUUUGUCUCUGUACUUGGAAGCUGUGUACUUGGAAGCACUGUAAAUGCCACCCUAUACCGAUCUCCCUGUGUAUAUUUAGUACUCUGAUGUUGCUAUUAAAACUGAUAUGAGAACCACGCA